AUGAAAAUCUUACCAUGUUUGUCUUUCUGGAUCUUGGCGCAAUGUGCAUACACAUUGGCCGAGACGACAGACACGGCAGAGAGCACUGAUACGACGUCAACAACCACCACCACAUCUGACACAACCUCUGGGUAUAUUGUUGUCACCUCAGAAACUUCAGUUGCCGUUCCAACUGGCGACUAUAUCACUUAUACAACUACUAAGAUUGUAUCAUCCGUCGAACUCAACGCCACGGCCACGAACAAUGCUACAGCCUCCACAACUGCCACAGAUGUCGUUCUCGUUGGGACAGGGAGCAGCUCUAAUAGCACGGCGACAUCUUCAUCUGCCAGCGCAACAAAUACACAGGCCUGCAAUGGCUAUACAGAGUUCUGUGAAAGGAAGUACUCCAACAUCACGAUGGUGACCGCGCAUAACAGCCCGUUUGUGAAAAAGAACAGCGUAGCGGCAAACCAAGACUAUAAAGUCACACAACAGUUAGAUGACGGUAUACGGAUGGUAUCCUUUGAGGCACAUUACUAUGAAGAUGACAUCUAUCUCUGCCACAGCUCCUGCGACCUUCUCAACAUGGGUACCCUAGAGGCUUACCUGACGACCGUGACGAAAUGGAUCAAGAAAAACCCCUACGAUAUCGUCACUAUCCUGAUCGUCAACUCUGACUAUGUCUCGCCUUCGAAUUUCAGCGCACCCAUCCAGAACUCCGGUUUGGUUGACUACGCAUACGAGCCCUGGAAAAUUCCAAUGAGCCUAGAUGACUGGCCGACCCUGUCCGACAUGAUCCUUACCGGAAAGCGCGCAGUCAUAUUUAUGGACUAUGAAGCCGACCAAACAGAAUAUCCCUAUCUCUUAGAUGAGUUUUCCCAGAUGUGGGAAACGCCCUUUUCACCGCUGAACCGUUCCUUCCCUUGCACUGUUCAACGACCCACCGGUAUCAGUACCGCCAAGGCCAAAGAUCGGAUGUACAUGGCCAACCACAACCUCAAUCUGGAAAUUGUCUUUGAUGAUAUCGAUAUUUUGAUCCCGGACUCCGCAGAGAUCAACGUGACAAAUGCAGUGUCUGGUUAUGGAAGCUUGGGGCUGAUGGCCAAUAAUUGUCGAAGUGACUGGGACCGAGCACCAAAUUUCCUUCUAGUUGACUAUUACAAUGAUGGUAACUUUGCUGGUUCGGUUUUCGAAGUUGCCGCUGAGAUGAACAAUGUCACUUACAACGGCGACUGUUGUGGGAUAUCGUCGGAUGCUGUGAGGAUGAACAUCACUAUAACUUUGUCCAUCACUAUUGCUGUUCUCAGCACAUUACUAACUUACUUGAUGUAA